AUGAAUUUGAAAUCAUCUAAUGUUUUUUUAAAAUUGUUCUUUACAAUAAAUUGGUUAGUAGCAACCGUUUUUUGCUAUAAUCCAAGUUCACGAGUGUUUCAAAGUAGUGUUCUUAUUGGCUCCAAGAUUUAUUAUUUUGGGGGUUUUAAUGGUUCAGAUGAAAAGAAUGAUGCAUUUUAUUUUGAUGUAAAUACUUCAGAAUAUACUGUCAUUGACAAUAUCCCCGUUGAUAUUUACCAAUCUUCUUCAGUGAUUCAUCCUAAAGAUGAAAAUAUUUGUUUAUUGAUUGGAGGUUUUGCAUACAAACCAGGUUCUUCGUCUACUUUAGAUUCUAAUCUUAUGAGUCCAGAGCAAGUCUAUAGAUUUGAUACCCAAACUUCCAAAUGGUCCAUAGUAGAAACUUCCAAUAAACCUUCUGUGUCCUCAAGGCGCUAUUUGAAUGGAGGUGUAUCAGAUGAUAAUGGAACUAUUUAUUUUUUUGCUCACCCAGAUUCUUCGCUUCACUCGGAUCCAUCAGCUGAUUCUUUUAUUAAACUUGAUAUUAAUAUGAUGUCAUGUAAAGAUUGUAGUAUGAAAGAUCUUUUGUUUUAUGAUAUCAAUUCAUCAAAAUGGUCCUCAGCUACUGCACAAGGUGAAAGUAUUGAUGGUCGUGUCGCUCAUACCGCUGUAUUAACAAGUGACGAACGUCUUAUUAUUUAUGGUGGUUUUUCUUAUUCGUAUUUGGAAUAUCCUAAUAUUACUCUAGCAGUAUUAAAGAUAAGAUCUUCAUCUUAUGAAUGGUCUAUUCCAAGUAGUGAUAAUAAAUCUCAUCCACCCCUGGCUGGUCAUUCAGCAACUAUUUACAAAGAAAAAAAAGAACUAAUGUAUAUUGCAUUUGGAAGAUCCUCCGGAACUGAUAAAGAUAGUAAUGAAACUAUAUUUGCUUUAAAUACAGUUGACUUUUCUCGGAUAGAUCUUGUUCCUCUUCCAAAUAAACCAAACUUAAAACUUAAACUUGGCAUUUCUCUUGGUCUUACUGCUGGGUUAAUUAUUAUAGGAGGAAUAGUAGGAUACUAUUUCUGGCGAAAACGUAAAAACAGGCAAACUAAUGAUAAAAUUAUUACAAAUGAUGAUAAUAUCAAUGACAACAAAGUAUCUGCGAUGUAG